AUGGGCACAAUUUUGGAUGCUCUCACUUCGAAAUUUUUGACAAAGUUGGGUCAGCUUAUCGAAGAUGAGGUUGUGAUGACACUAAGCGUGAAAAAGGAUAUCAAGAGGCUGAAGAAAAAUCUGGAAUACUUCAGCGCUGUUCGUGAGGACAUGGAAGCUCUGGCCAUGAAAGAUAGACGGAUAAAGGCAUGGUGGAAGAGCAUGACUGAUGUUAUGUUUGAUGUUGAUGUCAUCAUAGAUCUUGUUAUGGUUCAUUCACAGAAGCUUCUGCUACCACCUAGAUCGGUAUGUUGCAAUCAGUCUAUGGUUUCUUGUUUUGGAAAGCUUUCAUUUGAUCAUAAGGUGGCUAGAAGAAUUAAGGACAUAAAUGAAAAGCUUGAUGAGAUUAAAACGAACACACAGAUGUUCAGCUUGGAUAGAACCAUUCGUCAACAAUUCCAGGUAACAACCGUGGAUAGAAAUCAGACAUCCCCUAUAGAUGAACUAGAGGUUGUUGGAAGAGAGAUCAAACAAUCUGUUGGUAACAUAGUACAAAUGAUUGUCAGUGGCUGCCAUGAGAAUAGUAGAAGUGUUCUGGGGAUUCAAGGAAUGGGAGGCAUUGGUAAGACAACGUUAGCCCAGAAGAUAUAUAAUGAGCAGAUGAUAAGAGAGAAAUUCCAAGUUCAUAUAUGGUUGUGCGUUUCGCAGAGCUACACAGAGACCGGGUUGAUAAAGCAGGCAAUACGAAUGGCUGGAGAAAAGUGUGAUCAACUAGAGACCAAGACCGAGCUUCUUCCACUUUUAGUGGACACUAUCAAAGGAAAGAGUGUUUUUCUUGUCCUGGAUGAUGUGUGGAAAUCUGAUGUCUGGAUUGAUCUUCUUCUAUCGCCUUUCAUGAGAGCCUUUAAUUUCCAUGUCCUUGUCACCACAAGAGACCUGGAUGUUUUGUCAGAAAUGCAUGCAAUAUAUACCCACCAAGUAAACAAAAUGAAUUACAAUGAUGGCUUAGAACUGCUUAUGAAGAAGUCCUUUCAGUCGUCCGAGCAAAUAAGUGAAUUCAAGAAUAUGGGGUAUGAAAUUGUAAAGAAAUGUGAUGGCCUUCCUCUUGCCAUAAAGGUCGUUGCAGGUGUCUUAUCUACCAAAAAAACAGUUGCCGAAUGGAAGAGCAUCCGAGAUAGCAAAUGGUCCAUUCAUGGACUCCCGAAAGAACUUGGAGGCCCACUGUAUUUAAGUUACAACAAUUUACCCCCUCGACUCAAGCAGUGCUUUCUCUGGUGUGCUUUAUUGCCUCCUAAUUUUGAAAUCCACCGUGAUGCUGUAGCUUACUGGUGGGUUGCCGAAGGUUUUGUGAGGAAAGAGCAUGAGUUCUCAGUACAUGAAAUUGCUGAAGAGUAUUAUCUUGAGCUAGUUCGGAGGAAUCUUAUUCAACCAAUACCAAAGUAUGUAGACAAGGCUGUGUCAACAACGCAUGAUCUAUUGAGGUCACUUGGACAAUAUCUGACAAAGGAUCACUCCCUAUUCAUGAAUGCGGAAAAUAACAAUGCCAUGUCGAAUCUGCGCCGCAUAGGCAUCAGCCAUGCUGUAGAAAAAAUACCCGCUCUAGAAGAGCAUAAGUGUUUGAGGAUCCUCCUACUGUUUAAUAACAAGAACUUCAAGUCGAUUCACAAGGAAAUUUUCAGAAAGCUCGAGCAUAUCCGUAUUUUAGUUCUCAGCGGAACAAGCAUCCAAAAUAUACCAGAGUCACUGGGGAACUUGGUGCUAUUGAGGUUGCUAGAUCUGAGCUAUACUGAAAUUAACAUGCUUCCAGAGUCCACAGGAAGCCUCAUCAGCCUUGAAUACCUCUCUUUGCUUGGUUGCCAUCAUCUGGAUAGCCUGCCAGCUGGUCUCAUGAGACUGUCCAACAUAAGUUUUUUUCAAUUAGAACAGACUGCAGUUGAUCAUGUUCCAAAAGGGAUUGCAAAGUUUCAGCAGCUCUACAACCUAAGAGGAGUUUUUGAGAGUGGUACUGGAUUCAGAUUAGAUGAAUUGAGACGCCUCCCCAAUAUCCAACGUCUUUGGGUCGAGAAGCUAGAGACAGCGGCACCAGGGGCUGAACUUGUACUGAAGAACAGUCAUAAUCUUAGAGAACUGGGACUGCGCUGCACAGUGGCCACUACGCAAGAGAGAACUCGUUACCAGACUGAUGAGGUUGAGAGAAUUCAGCAAGUCUAUGAUAUGCUUAUUCCAUCACCAAGCCUUGUAUAUAUUUUUCUGGAAGGGUUCCUGGGUAUAAGAUUCCCGGAAUGGCUACUCUCAGAACCGGAGCUUAAUAUGCCAAGUUUGUGUCAUAUGCACCUCAAUGAGUGCGUAUCAUGUUCAGAGCUUCCACCAGCAGGUCAGAUGCCAGAAUUGCUAGUUCUUCAGAUUAAAGGUGCAGAUGAAGUUGUAACUAUUGGCACAGAACUCCUGGGGAAAGGUGUCAGAAGUGCAGCGGCUUUCUUCCCAAAACUUGAACUGCUUCGCCUCGUUAGCAUGGGUAAUUUGGAAAAAUGGUCACUGAACAUAAGAAAUAUGUGUGAUGACAUGGAGGACAACUCUCAACAGCUCUCUUUGAUGCCUUGCCUUAAGCGUCUGCUGCUUUUUGAUUGCCCCAAACUGAGAGCUCUGCCUCAAGACAUGUACAUGAUUGUUAAUUUGAAGAGAAUCCACAUUGAAGGUGCUCACAAGCUUCAAGAAGUUGUCGACCUUCCUGCAGUUGUGUGGCUCAAGGUGAUGAACAACACAUGUUUAAGGAGGAUUUCCAACCUUUGUAAGCUGCAGGACCUGUUUGCACAGGACUGCCCAAUGCUGGAUCACACAGAGAACCUGUGCUCGCUGAAACGUGUGUACAUGAUUGACUGCCUGCAUGCCCAAGUGUUCAGGAAUUGUCUAGCGGAAGAAGAACAAGGCAUCCUAGUCCAUGUUGCGACAGAUGGGCAUAAUAUCUUCCCGGAUGAAUCUGAAGACAUGAUGGUUAUCUGA